AAGUCUUCCGCUGAGUGCCCUUGCACGGGCGCGCGCAGCAGGACACAGCGGCAGUGAGUGCGCGCGCCUUCCGUGUCUGAUUGGUUCGCUGACAGUCAGCCAGCGGUGCGAACCGGACUUCAUCAACGGACAGCGAUCGGUAUCAACCCAAACAGUGCUCUGCGCACCGGCUCCUCGUCUCGUUCCAUCGCCCUACAAUUCCUCCGAAAUGAAUCCACUGUGUAGCAGAUGUAACCGAGUGGUGUAUCCCACGGAAAAAGUGAAUUGCCUUGACAAGUACUGGCAUAAAGGAUGCUUUAGCUGUGAAGUCUGUAAGAUGACUCUAAACAUGAAGAACUACAAAGGCUUUGAGAAGAGACCAUACUGUAAUGCACACUAUCCGAAGACGUCAUUCACCAGUGUUGCCGACACUCCGGAGAACCUGCGCCUGAAACAGCAAAGCAAGAUGCAGAGCCAGGUGCUCUACAAGGAGGAAUUUGAGAAGAACAAAGGAAAGGGCUUCAGCGUUGUGGCUGACACACCAGAAUUGCAGAGAAUCAAGAAAACGCAAGACCAAAUCAGCAACAUCAAGUACCAUGAGGAUUUUGAGAAGAGCCGAAUGGGAGGGGAAGGCCCGCCUCAGCACCCACAAACACCUCAACAAAACACACCUCCAGCAUAUCAGCCCUCGGCAGCAUCUCAGAACUAUCACUAUGAGCCUGAGCCCGUGCGUCAGGCCGCUGCCGCCCCUCCUCCCAGCUCUGGGAAGCGCUACCGAGCGGUGUAUGACUACACCGCAGCUGAUGAGGAUGAGGUGUCGUUCCUGGACGGCGACGUGAUCAUGGAUGUGCAGCAGAUCGAUGAGGGAUGGAUGUACGGAAGAGUGGAGCGCACCGGCCAGCAGGGGAUGCUGCCCGCUAACUAUGUAGAGGCCAUCUGAACAUAAGUAGAGAAAGGGGGAAGGGAGGAAAAGAAAAAGAGGGGGUUGCGGCAGAAAGACGCAGAUGAUUAGCCGAGUGCCAUCUCACCUUUCAAGAUCUCAUCUUUUUCCUCUUCUUUUCCUGCACUAACUGUCCUAUCAGGGGUCAGCCUCUGUGACCCGGUUAUGAUCCAAAACAAACAUAGUUCAGUACGUAAUCAAACACGGCAACAGCGCAUACACGCACUCGCAUAAAUAGUGAAUGAUUUACUACUUCCACCCAUCUUUUUCUCUCUGUCUAUUGCUUUUGCUGUCUAUCUGUCUGACUGUUUGUCUUUUUAGUAAGUGUUUCCUCAGUCCUGGAAAGGUGCUGUCACAAGUGGCGCUUAAGUCUUAACAAGACUCUCAUACACCAACCUUCAAAAUACAUGACCACACGGGCCUCUAAAAUAUUUUGGGCCUGCUAUAGAGCACUUCGCAGGCAUCUCAACACUUAUCCUAUCAGUUGCUAUGACAAUUCGUGAGAGAAUCUGGUCCAAACUUCAGUUGUCAGAUUUUUAUAUAUUAUAUAUAUCUAUUUUCAUUGUUUCUUAUCUUCUUUGCAGCUUGUAAUUGUAAUGUAUCCAGUACAAUUUCACAUCUCAUCGGCUGUGGGUCUAUGAGUAACAAUUCUUGGUCAUGAGACUUCUGGUCAUUUCGAUUUUCAUUCCAUACGUCUGACCAUUUGCAUCAUGUGUUGGAACUGGAGUCUAGAAAAGGCUCCUCUUUUUCAACUGGACAUUCCUAAAACUGUAUGAAAAGGACGGAGCCUUUUUAUAUUUACAUAUUCACUUAAGCUCCUUCACAUUCCUCUAGCCCUUUACAGAAUUACUUAAAUGAGUGUCAUUUUGUUCUGCAGCUCUUGCUUUUAAAAAUGCGAGAAAAUAGUGAUGUAUUUUGUUCUUCAUAAAGGGAAAAAAAAAAAACAGAAAUUAUAUAGUCACUUAGCAAGCGAGGAGCAGAACAGCAUUGUAGAAUAGUGAGAGAAGAGAGGAGCCCAAGCACAAUUCUAUGGACCAUUUUAGCUUUGGAUUUUAAUUAUUCCAUUUCAGUUCUGGAACAUUCCAUGUGCAUUGUAUCAAACUGUAUCUCAGAGCUGUUCUGUAAGACGUUGUUAUUGAUGUUUUUGUUUUUUCCUCAUAUCAUUGCUUAUUCUCAUUGCCUUGCUGGUAUUGUACAAGACGAAAUUUUAAUGUCAAUUUAUCAAUAUCAGUGGAAUAAAAAAAUCUAUUUGUAUACCAA